AGUAACAGACAGUACUAGUAGUCAGUACAUUCAUGUACAAACAUCUGGAUAUUAUGAUAAAUUAUUUAAAAAAUCUUAGUCUUAACUCUUAUGAUUAGCAUUGUUGGAAUUUCAAGAAUUUUUUUGUUGAUAAAAUGAAUAACUAAAAAAAAUAAUAAUAUUUUAAUUUACAGUUUUUUUAUAUUAGAUAAUGGAAACAAAAACAGAAUUAAAAAAUAAAAUGAUUCCCAAAGUAGAUGUGGAAUAUUGUGGAUCCUGUGACUACGGAGGCCAUUGUUUGAAAUUAGCAAAAAUGAUUAAUGAUAAAACUCCAAGUGCUAAUAUUUAUUGUAAACGAGGUCGACAAGGAUCAUUUGAAGUAGUAAUUAAUGAUAAAUUAGUGUAUUCAAAACUUCAAACGAUGGCUCUACCAGAUUAUGAAGAAGUUGUAAAUGUUGUUAGUGACGUUUCAAAAGGGUUGGAACCUAAAGAAAUAAAAGGCCAACAACCAAUUAAUUGUGUCAUUCAAUAGAUAUAUUUAGAAAAUCAACAACGUGAUCAAACUUGAAACACUUAAAAUAAC